ACAACUCCCAGCAUACCUCGGAACCACGCCGGAAGUGAGCGCUCAGCAAGCGUAAGUGACGGUGUAACUUUGUCGGGCCGGAAACACAUGAGGGAGAAGUGCAGAGAAGUCCUCACCGGAAAUACCGAGAGCGGCGCCGGAAGUACCGGGGGAAGGGCGGAGCCAUGCCGCGGAGGAAACAGUCCAACCCCCAGCCGGUGAAAUGGGGCAGUGAGGAGCCUGUGGAGGCCGGCAGUCUGGUCCUGGAGUCCAAUCUCUUACUUGUUGAUGAGCUGGAGCUCUCGGACAGCAGCGAGCGGCUUCUUUCCUUCUCCAAGGACUCUGAAGAGCAUGCAUCACUGUAUUAAAGUCUCCCACGACCAACUUGGAGGAGAUUGGGCUGGCUGCUACCCUGCCUGCGAGAUUACUGAAAAAGGAACCACCAUCAGUAUUGGGGCCAUAAACAUUGAAUAUGUCCACCUCUUCCGAGAUUCUGUGGUUGGCAAGAUGGAGAUUCCAUGUUACUCUUUGAGUGAGGAUGAAUAUUCGGGGUACCGGCCUCUUAGUGCAGACAGUGAUCCAGAUGAGGCGGCCAUGGCGUCCUCACCAUCUCCCUGUGAGCAGUGUGACCCCCAUAGUCAAUGUAUGUUCUUGGCACACCAGUGUUUACCCUGCUUGUCACAGUCUUCAGUGGUUGAUGGGCCAGCACCUCUCCAAAACAGUCAUCCAUCCCUAAACACAGAGGCACAGAAGGAUCGGCUGCUCUUUUCCUGCCACCUGUGCCCAUUCUCCACCCAUUACUCCAGCCAUCUGAAGCGUCACAUGAAGACACACAAUGGAGAGAAGCCCUUCCGGUGUCCUCACUGCUUGUACGCCUCCGCACAGUUGGUUAACUUGAAGCGCCAUUUACGUACCCACACAGGAGAAAAGCCCUUCCGCUGUGAUCACUGCAGCUUCUCCUGCAGCAGUCCAGGGAACCUGAAGAGGCACCAGCGGGUCCAUACCCAGGAUAAACCGUACAUCUGCAAUCUGUGCACCUACCGCUGCAACCAAAGCCGAAAUCUAAAACGCCACCUGCUAGCACAUCGAAGGAGAGGAUUGGAGAGGCAGCAUCGGGGUAUCAAGAAUAAGGAAGAUGAGGAGGAUGGAGAUGAGGACGUAGAAGGGAAAAUCAAUGGAAACAAUGCCCCCAAUGAUGUCCCUGUCCUGACUCUUCCUGUGACAACCAGUGGACUUGAUAUCUUAUUGCCAACCUGUGCCCUCUUAAAUCACCCUCCGGGUGCUCGUCCACCCCCCGCUGCAGAUAGUCUACCAGAGCUGCUCUUUCCUUUCACCUGUCGGUCAUGUGGGAUGGUCCUAAGUGAAGGCUGCCCCCAGGAUGACGAUGAGGAGGACAAUGCGACUGAGGGACCUUUCUGUUCCCGUUGUAACGCUCCUUCAUCCUCUGGAAGUCCUGGUAAAGGCUUCUCCUGUCUUCUCUGUUCAUUUGUGACUCAUUACCCAAACCACUUGUCGCGACAUAUGAAGACCCACAGCGGGGAGAAGCCUUACAAGUGCCAACUGUGUUCUUAUGCUUCUGCUCACUAUGACAACCUGAAGCGACACCAAAGGGUGCACACUGGUGAGAAACCAUACAAGUGCCAGCUCUGUGACUAUGCCUGUGGCAACCUGGCCAACCUGAAGAGACACGGACGCAUUCAUUCAGGGGACAAGCCGUUUCAAUGCGGUUUGUGCAGCUAUAGUUGCAACCAGAGUAUGAACCUUAAGCGGCACAUGCUCAGACACACGGGGGAGAAACCGUUCCAGUGUGCCCAAUGCCACUACACCACUGGGCAUUGGGACAACUACAAGCGGCACCAGAAGACCCACGGUCACGAUGGCCUGAGCGAGCCCCACCUACCCCUACACGGCAACAUCUUUAGUAAAUGUUCUACUCUGUCUGCUGCAUCCGAAACGGCAGCAUAGCCAUCCCUGUCCAUGUGUUUCUAUGAAUACUGUGUGAUAUGGUGUAUUGCAUGGCCGACUCCUGUGCCCAUCCCAAGUCGUAGCCAUUCCAUGUUGUGGAUCACGACUCUCAUCCUCUGUCAGAGGAACAGUUUGAUUCCCUGGUGGAUUUUGUGGAAACUCUUAGGGACGACAAUGGGAACCUAGUAAGGACCCAAACUGGACAGAAUGUGGACAUCUCCAUCGUGUUAAUACAUAUUUAUUCAGUAAAUAUUCUCUGUAUCUAAGUGUCUUCUCUGAGCUGAGGUUGGGUGAUGAUCUCAUUGAUGUCUCCUCCCUCCUUUAAUCUUUAACGUUUCAGCAUUUAAAUGUGUUCUUGCACCAGGACAGUGUCAGGUAAAGGCGAAGAUCCAGAGAAGGGCAACAUGGAUGGUAAGUGAAAGGUCUGAAUGUCCUUAUACUUCGUGAGAAGAGGAUGAAAUCCAACAGUAAAGCCUAAUUUAUGACCCAAACGGGCCCCGGUGUAGUUGUAGCGGCAUAGAGCACUGAUUCCCAGCAUUAUUACACGAGGGUAGUCCCAUGCUGAUCACUGUCUUCACUCCCGGGUCCUCGGCUGGCCACACAUUGCGGUAGGGAUUCUAAAUCAUUAUCUAGAUCAUAAAAAGGACUUCAAACAAACCAGAAAUUAGAACGGCACUGGACAGGAUCGAGACUUCCACCCGGAUAAAAAGGAAGUGUGCCUUUAUUAGACCAACAUGCAAUGAGUUUCGCUGCGCAUAAGAAGUCUUGAUCCUGUCCAGCGCCGUUCUAAUUUCUGGUUCGUUUGAUGUCCUUUUAUCCGAGUGGAAGUCUUGAUCGAAACGCAUUGCAUGUUGGUCUAAUAAAGGCACACGUCCUUUUAUCUGGGUGGAAGUCUUGAUGGAAACACUUUGCAUUUUGGUCUAAUAAUGGCAAACGUCCUUUUAUCCGGGUGGAAGUAUUGAUCGAAACGCAAUGCAUAUUGGUCUACUAAUGGCACACAUCCUUUUCUCCGGGUGGAAGUCUUGAUCGAAAUGCGUUGCAUGUUGGUCUAAUAAAGGCACACAUCCUUUUAUCCGGGUGGAAGUCUUGAUCCUGUCCAGCGCCGUUCUAAUUUCGGGUUUAUUUG